GGGUCGCGAGGCCAAAUGCAAGGGGGCAAAGGCAGCUCCAAGACUGGGCCUUUCACACCCACCCCCAACUUUUGGCCCGCGACCAGCUCUUCCUCGCGGGAAGGACAGCCCUGGGGGGGGGGGGGGGGGUAUGCGAUUCAAUCACCUCUCCUCCGGCCUACAUUUUCUCGGCCUCCCAGCUGGGGCGAAGUGGGGGAGGGGAGUUUAAGACCAUGGGCCAUUAGUCCCGCCUCAGCCCGCGGGCGAAUAACCAGCCACCUCCCCGCUAGCCUUUCCCAGCCGACUUCACCCUCCCCAUUUCUCGGAGGUUUCCCUAGAAGAUCACGCAAAAGCACGAGCCCAGACGGUUGGGUAGCCAACGGUUUUCCAACGAGAGGAAGAGCCUUUCUCGUCGCGCGGUGCAUUGUGGGAUCCAGGCCAAGCCCGCCGCCGUCGCCUCCGCCGCCGCCUGAGGGGAGAGCGCAAGAGAGGAGAGGCCGCUACCGGUGGAGGAGGAGGCACCCGAGCCGGAGCCGCCCGCCUGAAGGGAGUUGGAGGCAUCGCUGCCGCCUGAGAGACCCACCCCGCCCGUUCGCCCGCCCCCCUACCCCAUUCACAAUGCAGCCUGCUUCCGCUAAGUGGUACGACCGGAGGGACUAUGUCUUUAUUGAAUUUUGUGUUGAAGACAGUAAAGAUGUUAAUGUAAAUUUUGAAAAGUCCAAACUUACUUUCAGUUGUCUUGGAGGAAGUGAUAAUUUUAAACAUUUAAAUGAAAUUGACCUUUUUCAGAUUAUAGAUCCAAAUGACUCCAAGCAUAAAAGAACAGACAGAUCGAUCUUAUGUUGUUUACGGAAAGGAGAGUCGGGACAGUCAUGGCCAAGGUUAACAAAAGAAAGGGCAAAGCUCAAUUGGCUUAGUGUGGACUUCAAUAAUUGGAAAGAUUGGGAAGAUGAUUCUGAUGAAGACAUGUCCAAUUUUGAUCGCUUCUCUGAGAUGAUGAACAACAUGGGAGGUGAUGAAGAUGUAGAUUUACCAGAAGUAGAUGGAGCAGAUGAUGAUUCACCAGACAGUGAUGAUGAAAAGAUGCCAGAUCUGGAGUAAAGAAGAAAGUGUCGUCUUCAGGGUUUUGGGAAAGAAAGAUAACUUCAUUGCAAAAUUUUCAUAAUUGAGAUAAUUCCUGCGUUGGUAGCUCUAAAGGCAGAUACUGAAUUUGCCUCCUUUAAUCCAUUUUCAAUCUGUUUGUUUUAAAAAGGCUUCACUAAGGGUUGAUGUGUACUAUUGUAUGGGUCAGUUUUAAGUCAGCUGAGGCAAUAACCUUAUGCAUGAACAUUUUUUCAGACUUCCAAGAAGCAAUUGAGGUAUAGGCAAUGGAUGGACCCAGUCAUUGCAGUUUAAAAAAAAAAAAAAAAAAAAAAGGUUCACUGAGUCUCUUUACUGCUUUAUAAUGCAGAUGCUGACGUGAUAAGAAAACUUAGCUUAUUUUAAAUAGUUUAAAAUCACUUUCCCCUAAUCAACAGGGUAGACUAAAGAGAAUUUAAAAAUGUUCAGAUUUUAGUACACAGAAUCAAACUGCUGAAGCAAGUUUAAUUGGCUGACAAUUUAAGCUGACAACAUUGCUGUACCUCCCAAGUGUCUCCAGGAUUGUUCCACUAAUGUUUUAUUUAAAAAAAAAAAAUAUUCACUUCACAUUGUUGUAUUUAAAUGAUCACUAGUUAGUGUUCCAAAUGUAUUUUAGCUAAAACUAGUGAAGCCCUAAUUUAAAUGGUUAUGAAGCCUGUACAUUUGGUAUUGUUUGACCCUUAAGCUUUUACAUCUCUUACUUAGUAUGGAGGAGGAAGAACAGCUAUACAUUGUUGCUUGUCAAUCUGUACAUUUAGACCAAAUUUGUAUUUGCACUGUCAGUAUGGAAAACGAGUGACAAAACGUUUAAUACACUAUUGGAUUUUUUUUUUUUUUUUGAUUUUUUUUUUUUUCUGGACUCAGCUUAUAACAAGGCUGAAAAAAACUUCAAUUUGUGUUCAGAACAGUGGGGAUUUUUUUUUUAUGUCUGCAUUCUUUCUAAUAAACAGUUGAAGACUUCUUGGCUGUCCUUUUAAGUGUCUGGUUUACUGUAAUUUCAUGUAUUCUUACUAUUUACUGGAAUGGAAUUUUUAUUUUUACUUGAGGAAGAAUAUAGUAGAACUAUUUCCUCUUAAAUGAAGGAGGCUUGUUGUAAUGUUCCCAGGAAACCUUUUAAAAAGUGGAUCUGUAAUAGAACUUGUGGAUACACUUUACAACAUUUGAAAAAGAAAGUGUUGUGAUUUGACUGAAAUAAAACUAAAUGUGUUGUCCUCCU